AUGAGUGAUGCUUAUGAACGUGAGCGACAGAAUAAUGCUCUCCUUGAGUCCCUCUCCCAGAAGACCAAUGCCUUAAGAUCUGUCACGAUAGAUAUCUAUGACCAUGCCCGAAAUCAAGAAACAAUAGAUAGCACUAGCGAAGUGUUUUCUUCCUUGUCUACAAACUUACGAGGUAGCGCAGGGCGCCUGACCCGUGCCGCAAAACAAGGCGACAAGGUUGCGGUCUUGAAAAUUGCUGGCAUCGUAGUGGGUGCCGGCGUCGGUGCAUGGGUUGUGUUGGGCUGGAUCUUUUGA